UUAAAUCAUCCGGGCUCCUCCUUUCCCCCGUGGCCGUACCCCUUCAUCUCCUCUGGUAUUUUCUCUCUCUCUCUCUCUCCAUUUAAUCAGCGAGAAGAAGAAGAAGAAGACUUGCUGCGUUUCUGAAGCGCUUGAACGGAGGCAGCUGAUGGCGUGCUUGGUGCCGCAGUUCAAGUGUCCUGCCUCCUCGGACGCCAAUUCAAGAAUUUUUCACCAUAGCCUUCACUCCACAUCUGCUGCGAAUGCUAGAAUCCUUGUACGAUUUGAGACUCAUUGUACUGCAUCCCAAAUGACAGCGGUCAUUGAGAAGCUCCACAUGCCAACCAUGGAGGCUCAUCCAUUCUCAUUAACUUGUAUGAGUCCCUUGACAUAUGUUGGUGCUGUUGGUCCUCCAGAAAAUAAAAUCUUUGAAGCAAAUUUAACUAGAGAAGAAAUCCUCACGAGUGAAGAGGCAGUGAUAGCAGCAGCUGCUGCCGAGGCAAUUACUCUUGCAAAAGCAGCACUUAAAUUUGCCAAAGCAGCAGCUCUGUUGCUCCAAAGCAGCCCAUCUUUGAAAUAUGGCAAAACAAAUGAGCAGGCUUCUGGUGAAGAAAAACUUAGGCCUGACGGUGUCAAACGAUCCGUAUCCAAGAAGAUCAGCCGGGUUAGUCAUUCUGUUACAGAGGCAGAAACCGAACCGAAGGAACGGAAUUUGACAUGGCAUCAAUCUGACUCGCAACGUACAUGUAUCUCUAAUUUUGAGACCGAUGAACUUGAUGCGAGGGAAAAUAUAACUGUGAGAUCGUUGCGUCAUAUAGAGAGAAGGGUCAGAAGAGAAAAGAUAGAAGAGAAGGCCGCUGCUAGUGUUAUUUCUACUAAGUUGUGGUCACCUGGGAAAAAGAAGCGCGCUGGAUUUCAUGAAGUUGAUUAUUCUGAUCCCCUUCGCUACCUUAGGGGCAUGACAAGUACAGCAAAGCUUCUCACUGCUUCUGAAGAGCAACAGUUAUCAGAAGGAAUUCAGGACAUGCUAAAGUUAGAAAGAAUUCAAGAUGAGCUUGCAGAAAGAAUUAGCGAUGAGCCAACAUUUGCACAAUGGGCAACUGCAGCUGGACUUGACAAGAAGGCCUUGAAGAAACGCUUAAACCAUGGAAGACAAUGCAAGGACAAGAUGAUCAAAAGUAACAUACGACUUGUUAUCUCCAUUGCUAAAAAUUUUCAAAGUGCAGGAAUGAGCCUCCAGGAUCUUGUUCAGGAAGGUUGUCGAGGUCUAUUAAGAGGUGCUGAAAAAUUUGAUGCUUCAAAGGGAUAUAAAUUUUCUACUUACGCGCAUUGGUGGAUCAGACAAUCUGUUCGAAAGUCUCUUUCUGAGCAAUCUAGGACAAUAAGAUUACCAUUCCACAUGGUUGAGGCGACCUAUCGCGUUCGAGAGGCGAGAAAGCAACUGUACAGAGAGAAUGGAAGGCAUCCCAACAAUGAGGAAGUUGCAAAGGCAGCAGGGUUGUCGAUGAGACGACUUGCCACCGUACUACUAACUCCUAAAGCUCCAACCUCUUUGGACCAAAAGAUAGGAUUCAACCAAUCUCUAAAGCUCUCGGAAGUAAUUGCAGAUCCAGCAGCACAGACAUCAGAGGAGAUCCUAAUGAGACAGUUCAUGAAACUGGAUUUGAACAAAGCUCUUGAUAGCUUAAAUCAAAGGGAGAAGCAGGUUGUGAAGUCCAGAUUUGGCCUGGAGAAUGGAAGGAUGAACACACUACAAGAGAUUGGAGAGAUGAUGGGUGUUAGUAGGGAGAGGAUUCGUCAGAUAGAGUCCUGUGCCUUCAGAAAAUUGAAGAACAAGAAGAGAACUAAAAAUUUAAGACAUUAUCUCUACAGUUGAAAAACUUCAACACUUCAUUAUUUCACCUUUGUAUUCUAUUUUUUCUAUCAAUUUUCCAUAUAUGUAGAUGAAAUAUGUUAGAAAAGCAAAAGAUGAUCCUAAUGGCUGUGCCACUUUUACUGUAAUAUGUGCUGCAUAAUUUUUUUCUUUCUGAAUAAGCUAAAUAUGAAAGUAGAAUGUUCUUAUCUUUGUA